GUGGACGUGCACGGACGCGUACGCUGGCGCAUCGCAUCACUAGAUUCCGUUCGGUUACGUUCCGGCGUGUUUUUUCUGUUUGUCGCGUUGUUAUUAACUUUUGUAUUUUACUACCACUACGGAACAUUGUAUAAUUUCUGUUUCUGUUCUCCGUCGCUUACCCUCCGCCUUUUCGCCUUUUUUGCCACCUGUACAAGUGUGCGCUGGAAAAAGAUAGUUCGGGAAAUGGAGCGUUUUUAAUGCCGGCUUUAAAGUGUGCGUUUUGCUGACGUUCUCAACUGUCAUAUCUAUUUCGUGCUAACAGUUAAAAGAAAUAGUAAUAAUAAAAGUGGAAAGAGCAAAGCAAGCGUGCAAGCAAAAAUACAAAUUUGGUUAUUAUCAGUUGAUAUCGCGCAUACGACGUGCGCUAACUCGAAGGUGAAAUGCCAAACUUGUGCCCCCUAUCCAUAUAUAUAUUUUCUCUCUGUGUAUGUUUGAGUGCGUAGUCAAAUAAUAAGUGAAGUACAGAAACAACAAUGAGCCACAACAGUUACUAUUAAAUUAUAUUGCAAGUUACAAGCUGAGGGAGAAUAAAAAACAAAAAACACAAAAUAAUCAAGCGAAACAAGGCGAAAAAAUACACAACAAAAACAAACAAUAACAGCUCCAAAGCCAGCGAGAAGAACAUUUAAGUGAGCAGUGGCUGCGCCGUCGACGUCAACUUCGGCAGAGGGUGCAACAGCAGCAACAACAAAAACAGCAGCGAAAAUAUCAACAAAAUGCCGAAAAACUGUUGAGCGUUCUUUUGUUCCAAUUGUCCAGUUUUCCACUUGUCCAUUUCUCCGUAGUGUAAGCUAUGUGGCUUCCAGCGGACAGUAGUUGUCCUUACGGAUGGAACUGCCCCUGGUCCUCCCAGGUGGUUGUGAAUGGACUGUGGAUGGAACUUCCACCGGGGUACUACGGCAGUGCCAGAGGAAAGACGGCCAAAAAGAUGCAAGCGGUCAUGGACACAGCUGCCAUGGCCAUCGCCGUGGGCUCCUCCGGUUCUGGUUCCGUGCCCGGGUUGAGUUCCGGCUCCAGUUCUGGACCGGGCAGCAGUAGCAGCGGGAGCAGUAGCAGCGGCUACGGAAGCGCCACUACCACGCCCACCGGCGGCAGCCAUUACGACAACUCGCCCACCUCCGUGCCCAUGGCCACAAUUGCGACGGUGGCUCCGUUUUACAGCGAGGCUCUGACAUCGUUGGAUGCCCAGCAGCGACAACAACAGCAGCAGCAAAAUCCGGGACACUAUUAUCACCAGAACUUUGGUUACGGAAAUUCCCUGCCCCUGGAACCUGCCUACAAUUACAGUGGAGCUCCGUACAACACCUACAGCACGCCAGCAGUGGGGCAACAACUGUCCGGCUCCAGUUAUCCCGUAAGCGGAACCCGGUACGAAAAGCUGACGCCUAGUUCGGGGGUAAAAUAUGGAGGAAAUCCAAUUGGAGGAAGUACGGGUAUAAAGCCGCAGGCCACGGCCACUCCCUUUUACGCUCAGCCGCUAUCCGGUGGAGCGGCGGGAUCUGGUGGUUAUAUAGCCCAAUCGAAUGCCAUGUACGAUCCGUAUAAGUACAAGAUGCCCUCCGCCCAAACUGCGUCGCAAUCGAUGUUGCCGAGCAAUAUGGCCGGUAGUGUGAUUCCCGGUCCAUCGGCGAGUCAGUUGUACGGUCAAGGCCUAGCCCUAAAUCCUACCGUCCAGAAACAGUCACAGAUGCCUCAACAGACGCAGCUAACCCAACUGGAGCCGAACUAUGCGGCCAUUAAGCCGAGCAGGACCUAUCAGGGAAUGUCCACAGCUGCGGCUUACGGCGGGUCCGGUGGAAACUCUGGUGGAGUGGUUAAUUACGAUAAGUACGGAAUGGCCAUGACCAUGUACUCACCAAAUGGCGGUCUGCCCAUGUACAGCCAACCGGAAUUGGGACCCGACUCCGGCGGACUACAAACUUACCGCAAAUCCUCGAAUAACUGUCAUUGGGGAGUCGACUAUAAUUCGCCCAACUAUAGAUCUCUACCAUCGGCGACGGUGUCCAACAGCUCGUACCAUCAUCCCCACCCGGCUCCCGGACCUGGACCUGGACCCGGACCUGCAACCAUUAACAGCGAAUUGUAUUACGGCUCAACGAAGUACGACAAAUAUGGAAAUACGGGUGUUUCACCCUAUGUCAACAAUCCGUAUGCGGGUCCAUCGAUUACGCAAUCCUAUGCCGGACGAAACUUGUGGUCCGGUACGGAGAAUGCGUCGGCAAGUUCCCGCCAGAAUUGCUGCUCUCAGGGAUACGCCCUAAACCAACCGAGCUGCUACUACCCGAGGAGUAACGGAUAUGGAUCGAUAUCUGGACCAUAUGGAACAGCUGGAAAUGCUCCGCAAUCGCAGCCUCAAUAUCUAGGCUCUGGAUCAUCCGCCUCUACCAUGAAGCUCAAGCAUCCGACUGAUAUGUACGCGGGCCAUGGGCCCUAUGAAGCAACGCCGAGUCAACCGAGCUAUGGGUACAACCCACAGGGGCUGUCAGGAUCAACCUCAUCGAAUAGCAUGAACAGCCAAAGAUAUGCGGCACCCUUGAGCCUGGGAAUGGGUGCAAUGGGAGGUAUGGGAAUGGGUAUCGGAAUGAGCAUGGGCAUGGGUAUGGAUCCCGGAAGCGGAGGCUACUACAAUGAUCUUAGUCUGAACAGCUUGGACAGCUAUGUGACUCCGUCAAUGCCUCAGCAGUCGCUGCGAACCCAACCCUAUCAGGAUUAUCGCAAGAGAUCUGGAAUGGUUGGUUCCUCCUCGGCAAAUUGUUACCUGGGACAAGCUGGAAGUGGAGGAGGUGGACCCCUCAGUAACCUGGAAGCCCAAGUGGAAAACUAUGUGGGCUUUAAUCUCCAUGCAUCUGCGCCUUCCAAUAUGAACUACGCAGUGCAGUCAGCGAAAGCUACCCAGAACUACAACAUCCGGGACUUUCUUUCGACUUGGAAGGUCGAUGACGAGGAUGACACAAGUGCUGUUCUUGAGAUAGAUCCUCCGGCUGUGGCCAUAGUUGCUCCUGUGCCCAGUACCCAGAACUUUAUGUACGAAUCUCUGCCACCAACUGGACCACAAGCCACAGCUGUCGUGGACCAUCAUGGUAUUAAUUUACCGGACAUAAUAAUAGAUAUUGAAAAGGCCAAUGGAAAUGGCAAUGCUCCUGUGGACGAUUCUUUCGGCAGUUUCGAUGUGGAGAAGGAGUUGGAUGAACUGCGUCUGAAGACGUGUGCGUCUGAUCAGCAACCCGUUAACGAAAGCGACGCUCUUGCGGAGAUCCUUCGACAGCCUGUAUCUGCUUCAUUGAUUUCGGAUCAACCCCCAGCCCUUCCUUUGUCCAGCCCCAAUCUCAAAAGCAAUGAAGUUUUUGGCAGUGUAUCCCAACCUCUCGCCCCCAUGGACUUUGACCAGAACAACAGCUCGAACUCAAAUGAAUCCACCUUUGCCAAGGAGUACGAGACCUUCAUUCACAAGAACGAGGGUUCCGAGAAUGAGAUAAAAGAGGCGUCUGUCCGGAUUAAAGGUGAAUAUAAAGAGAAUCCAAAGCGAUUUAAGUUCUACAAGAGAAAGCGAAGAACCACAGAGCCCGAGGAAAGUCAGGAUCAAAAGGAUAUAGAAGAUCGGAUGGUAGAUGAUAACCAAAGUCCCAAUGCAAUCUCUCUUUCGCCAAAGGCUUCGGCCAGAGCCAGUAAAAAGCUGCUUGCCAAGAAGCGCCGAAACCGCAUCAAGAUGCUAAAGAUCCUGGAAUUCGAGAGUCCAAAAAUCAAGUAUCGGCAUUACUUCAGGGUACUUAAAGUUUUGCGAAAGAAAGCCGCUUUCAGUAGAACCAGAAAACUCCGAGCAGUGCUGAUGAAGAAACAGUUGAGCAGAUUGAAGGAGAACCGUCUACCCUUGAUCAAGAGGCUGAUCAAGAAAUACACUGCUCCUCCAGAGCUGCGUAAUCCUCUAAGUCUCAAGGGCUUGAGCGUAUCGGCUUUGAAUUCCUUCGAAUUCAGGAGCAGUUUGUUGAGUGGAACGAAUCGGGAGACAGUGAUCAAGAGUGGUUACAGCUACAAGGAUAAGACUGAAGAAGUUCCUGGAGAGGUAAACCUGGAGGAACAGAGCUUGGAUACAAAAUCGCUGGAGCUGCAGUCGAAUUUCAAGGGAUUCGAUGACAUAGAAAACACAAAUAUGUCUCCAAAAAUAAAAUUGAGAGUGGAGCCAGAUGACGAAGAGGACACAAAGAGCCCCCUCAAAAAGUCAGAGGAUGAUGUUGUCCAAAAUAAGGAGAAGCAAAUACAAGCCUGGCUGAACAGUAGUGUGGCACCCAUCCCAGAAGCAGAAACAUCGAAACAAGUCACUUGUAUCACUGUAACAUCAUCCUCGUCAUCUUCGUCCAGUUCGAGUUCCAGUAGUUCCAGUUCGGACGAUGACUCAACUAGUACGAGCAGCCAGGAACAAGAUGCUUCGUCCAGUAGCAGCAGUUCAAGUAGCACCAGCUCCCAAAGUUCAACGGCAGGAGAAGAAAGUGACUUCAACGAGCUGGCAGCCCUGGAAAAAGAACUAUCUCUACCACAAGCCGACGAACCCAAGAGGCAACUCUCUCACCUGGAAAUAGUUGUCAAAAGGGAGGCCCCUGAGGAGUCACCACAAGAAGGGGAAGUCUGCAACCAUGAUAUUGCCAAACUGAAACAGAUACUGGAAAGCGACGGCGAGCCAAAGCCAAGUGACCUUAGUAAGAUUGCCUUAAAUAGUUCCUUAAAAUCAAAAGAGUUAGUCGUAAGCGAGAAGGAGGAUGAAUCUCCUUUCGAUGAAUUGAAUUCUCCGGAUAAAAGUGACCCUGCUCCCCGAGAAUUAAGCGUUGAAGAGGCGCUGGCGGAGAUGCAUCAGUUUUCAGAUUUUGAGAGCAAGGAAGAUGAGGAGGAACCGAAUACCAAUGGGCAGGAUGUCCUACUCAUUGACCUGGCUGAGAUAUUUGAUAGCAGCAGUAAUCUAUAUGUGGUGCAGUGUGAUAUGAACGAGAACAUCCUGGGAGUGGUGGCCAAUGAUGAGGAAGUCGAGGGAGAACCCAGUCAGGCUAAUCUCGUUCAGGUGAGUCCCGAGGAGGAGGAGCAAGUCAACACCCUGCAGCUCAUCCAGCUGUUGGCUGAGCCCCAACCAGAAUUCGAUGCCACCCCAUUGAUACACCACGAGGAGAUAAUUCGCGAUGAGAAGCCCGAUCCGCACAAGGAUCGGCGAAUGUUGCUCAAAUAUCUGCAUGAAAAGUAUGUCCAAAGCGGAAUCAAUCGCUUCUUCCUUGCCCAUCAAAUCUUGCGGAAGUACAAGCGCCAAAGGGCAAAUAAGAAACGCCCUCGCAGGGUCAAAUAGGAUUUCAGCUUCUACCAAAGAUAUUUCUGGUCCUCGGAUAGGAUCAGGUGUGUUCGGCCUGCCAAACCUGACGGUCCAGAAAGGCGCGCCUAAUCGAAAACUAAGUAAAAAAUACACCACACACACCUAGAUACACCACAAAAAGAAAAGAUACGGAUGUAAAUGCAGCUACACUUUACCAGAAUCUCAAGACUUUUUAAUAUUUGGAUUUAUUUUAAGAAACGGAAUAUAGCUUAAUGAUGUGUAUGUAUAGUCGUUUUAGGGAAAUCAUAACUUUUAAACAUUUACGAUACUUAUUUUACACCUAAUCACAUAGAGUACCACAUUUAUAUAUAUGUAUAUAUAUAUAUAUAUAUAUAUAUGAGUAUAUAUUUUAGAUAUUUGUGCAAUAUUUACAUGGAAAAUGUCGUGUUUAUCUGGAAUGCGCGAAUUCGAAUCUCGAUGGGUUAACCAUGAGUAAGCAGCGUUAGACGUCGGGUUAACCGGGGGUCAGUCGAGGAGUUGUGGGGUUUCGGCCCGAGUCCCGUGCAAUUAACCAGAUAUAUACAUAUUUUAUCGGCUAAUGUAUCAGCGUUUUUGUCGCUCAGAAAGUCGGGCCAAUUUAAAAUGCUUUUCGCCAAAGGUCAUGCCCAGAUUGAGAUACAAUCGCAAUAAAACACCUAAAUCGAAAGAAUAAAUGCGAUUCCAGUUGCGUGUUAGCCUCGGCAUAAGUUUAGGGCCAAGAUCCCCGCCAACCCCUUGAAGCUUCUAUUUUUUAUUGCCACCAAAUGCAGCCUAGACCAAAAACUAAAAAAGAAACUAAAUAUACAUAUUUGUUGGAAUUGUUUGAUCUGUUAGUAGCCGAAGACUUUGUUUGUUUUUAGUACAAUUAUUGUUAGGUUCCUAGAGCAAUUUGUUGUUUGUUUUACGGUUACGGGGAGUACCAGAAUUGUUAAGCUUGGACCUAAUACAUUUGAAUAUGAAAACCAUAUUCCUAUAUCGACCAGGAAAUCGAAGUCGGAUUCGUUUCAUAAGGCCCAUUCCAAAUUGAUGGCUUGUACAGUCUGCGACUUUAGGGCAUAACCGAUUCGGGCCACAAAUCAAAUUUGGUAUGGGGACCUUAAAGAAUUAUCAACGCUCGACUUUUGGAAAGUGCGGAUGAGGAAAACAAUUCAAGGGCAAUGCCAAUACCAACUAUGAAAUGGACUUAGGUGCUGGUCUAGUCUUAGAAUCCUAGCCAACUGCUACACUAACAUAAUGAUAUCUUAUCUUAUAAUCGAGACCACCUAGAUAUAUUUUUUCUCUUGUAACACAUUCCAAAGGACCAAACGUUUUGAAACUUAAAAAUAUCCUAUGUCUAGCUAAGCCUCUGAGUGUACGACCUUUCGUUUAGUAACUUGUUUAAACUAAGAAAUACGCUUAAUUUUAGUACAAAAGUUCAAGAGCUAGCCCACUAAAUGGAGUAACAACGUUAGCAGUAACAAUAAUAUUUAUUGCGCAAUAUGUACAUACCAUCCUUUGCCACUUCACACAUUCCACAACGGAUAUAUACCUACAUAUAUGUUUCUAGCUCUGUGCUUGCAAAUCGGAAUGUUUUCACUGUACUUUAGCGCUAAGAUUUGUGACUACAUUAAUGUGCGUGUCUUUGAGCAACCAAACAAAAGAAAUGAUAUACGAAAUUCAAAAAGAGAAAUAAAUGUUUUAUGUAAAUGUUA